CCGCGCUCGUUUGUGCCGAGGCUGAGCGAGCCGCCAUUUUGGAUGCUGAGCUUUAAGUGCCAGGUUCCUCUCAGCCGUUUUCACGCUUGGAUUCAGGCAGGAGGAACAGCACAGCAUGCUGGGCUCUGGAUUUAAAGCUGAGCGUUUACGAGUCAAUUUGAGAUUAGUCAUAAACCGUCUUAAACUGUUGGAGAAAAAAAAAACGGAACUGGCCCAGAAAGCGAGGAAAGAGAUUGCUGACUAUCUGGCUGCUGGGAAAGAUGAACGAGCUCGGAUUCGAGUGGAGCACAUUAUCCGAGAAGACUACCUUGUGGAGGCCAUGGAGAUUCUGGAGCUGUAUUGUGAUCUGCUGCUGGCUCGGUUUGGCCUCAUCCAAUCUAUGAAGGAACUAGACUCUGGUCUGGCUGAAUCCGUGUCUACGCUGAUAUGGGCUGCUCCUCGGCUCCAGUCAGAAGUGGCUGAGUUGAAAAUAGUUGCUGAUCAGCUCUGUGCCAAGUAUAGCAAGGAAUAUGGCAAGCUAUGUAGGACCAACCAGAUUGGAACUGUUAAUGACAGGCUAAUGCACAAACUGAGUGUGGAAGCCCCACCUAAAAUCCUGGUGGAGAGAUACCUGAUUGAAAUUGCCAAGAACUACAAUGUGCCCUAUGAGCCUGACUCUGUGGUCAUGGCAGAAGCUCCUCCUGGGGUAGAGACAGAUCUUAUUGAUGUUGGAUUCACAGAUGAUGUGAAGAAAGGGGGCCCUGGAAGAGGAGGAGGGGGUGGUUUCGCAGCACCAAUUGGUGGACCUGAUGGAACAGUACCAGUGCCUAUGCCCAUGCCUAUGCCCAUGCCCUCUCCAAGUACUCCUUUCUCCUACCCACUGCCAAAGGGACCAUCGGAUUUCAAUGGAUUGCCAGUGGGGACUUACCAGGCUUUUCCCAAUAUUCAUCCACCUCAGAUACCAGCAACUCCCCCAUCGUAUGAAUCUGUUGAUGACAUUAACGCUGAUAAGAAUGUCUCUUCUGCACAGAUUGUUGGUCCUGGGCCCAAGCCAGAAGCCUCUGCAAAGCCCCCGUCCCGACCCAUGGAUACCUACGACAACUUUGUACUACCGGAGUUGCCAUCUGUGCCAGACACACUACCAACUGCGUCUGCUGGUGCCAACACCUCAGCAUCUGAGGACAUUGACUUUGAUGAUCUGUCCCGGAGAUUUGAAGAGUUGAAAAAGAAAACCUAGGUGUCUUAAAUCAGGCAACCUGCAGGCUUUGAGAUUUGUGGCUGAGCUGUUUCUCCUUUUAACAAUCUCCAUGAAAUUCUUUUUCAUCUCUUAACCAUCACUGAGUACAUUCUUCUCUGGGCUCUCUUCCUGCUCUAAAUUCUGCUGCUUUCCAGUUCUCUCCUGCUCCUAAGAGACUAAUAAUUAGAGACUAUGAGGCCAGAGCAUCGGACUCUGGGCCGCUGGUUUUGUCCAGCUCCCAUGAGUGUGAGCCCAGCUUCUCGUCACCUUCUCCCAUCACAGAGAGGACUCUGGCUUCUGUGUCCCUCCACAGGGGAGUGAGAAGCAUUAUGAGGAGAGCUGCCAAAGAUGGCUGGACACAGAGAAGAACAUUCUAUGAAGUCUCUCAGCUUGGUGCUGAAGUUCUAGACUUAGAAACAAACCCCUCUGUACAGAGGGAUUUGUGGUGAGCAAGAAUCAAAGCAAAGGUGUGCUAUGAAUGGGAGAGACUGACUCUGGAUGCCACUGUAAUAGUUCGCAGAAGCUGGGUCCUCUCAUCGGCAUAUACACUACUCCUUGCUGCCGGGCACUGUCCUACCUGGAUCCAGUUGCAAAGUUAAUUUGGAAAGUGGAGAGCUUCUCUUAGUUCUACUGGAUUCUCAGGGAGCCCUCCGUGGCCUUUUGCUUUGAAUGCUGUGUUCCCCUUUUACCAGAGGGCAGCACUGCAUAAUUUCCUGUUUUUCCCCAUAGCAUGUUCUGUUGGAUUGCAUUUACUGGCAAACGAAGGACAAGUCACAUACCGGGCAGAGUCACCAUUCAAGGCUAAGGUGGGCUUCCAGUUGCCUUAAUAGAAGUACUCAAAUCUCUUGGGUAGUGAGCUGGAAUGCCUACAGGAGAAGAGGGGUUCCUGUUUUCAUUUGAAAACUUUAUGAUUAAGAAAACCUUUAAAAACUGAUUUCAGAAAAGUUUUUGGUGCCCAUAAAAAAUGUGGCUGUGGUUGUUGACUGUUUUCCUAGGUGGAUGAGACUCUUUACUAUUGUAACUUAACGUGUUCCUUUACCCCCUAGCUGCAGCCAUCCUUCCCCAGAGGGAUGGCUCUGGGAUCAGAAGACAAGAUGCUGGCUUCUGUGUAGUGUACAUGUACACACCUGUUUCAGCCAACUUUAAUGUUUUUGAUUGGUUUGUAUCUCAUAGCUCAGUAGCUGAUAAUAAAGUUAAAAAUUCUGUGCC